AAAUUAUUUCUUUUCUUCGCACGGUCCGACCUUCCUUUCUCUAUACGAAUUUUAAUUGAAAAACUCACUUUCACCUUAUUAUCGCGAUUUAAAUGAUAUCACGCGCCUCGCAUUCCUACCUUGCUGAGUACUAUAAUUUUCGCUAAUAGUUCCAUAGUAUUAUUUACCUAAAAUAAGUUCAAAAGUAUAAAGAUAUCUUGUAAUUAUACUAUUUAUUUUCUGUUUAUCGCAUUGAUAAGGAUGUAGGGCUGUGAUAAGAAGUGUGCUGAUGGUAAACAGAAGAUAUUGGAGUUUCAAUUGACAGAGGCAACAUACAGGAACAUAACCGUCAGCCAUGCAUAUGUGGAUGUGGUUUGGUUACGAUCUGGGGCCUUUCCUGUUCUCCGGCCUCGACAUCACUACGCGCUGGCAGUUCGCUCUCACCUGGAUAGUGCUGUUUGUGGUGGCGCUUCUAUUUGAAGCUUCUAAGGUGUACUUGGCGAGAGUGCAGCGCGCCGCCCAAAAACAGCUGUAUCCUUACAGGUCUGACGAGCGACGGAAUCUGCUGUGCCGGGACCUCCCCGUCGAGCCCGGUACCAGUCGCAACGCCAGCCACGGCCAGGUCGGAAGAUGGGCGUCUUUAAAGACCAGGAUGCUAGUGAACACCCACCAAACAACCGUGUUCUUGCUUCACAAUAUAGUCGGUUAUCUUCUGAUGUUGGCUGUGAUGGUGUACAACGUGGAACUAAUGCUAGCAGUGGUGCUUGGCAUGAUGUUAGGUUACUUCCUAUUCGGUCCGAAGCUGACGAGACUUCAAAUGCAAUGUUUCCGCACAAAACGCGUCGUGAUAUGCACUCCAGAGUGCGAUGACACAGCUGAAACCUCCACACCGCCGCUCCUGGACGCCUCUCUCACCACGGAAUCUGACUACUUCAUCUGUCAGACGCGUACCUGCAUCCAACCCUCCCAUUAUUUCCGCGCCAGCUCAUCCCAGGACACACCACCCAGCUGUCACUUCGGAGCCAAAUGUCCGUCUAAAGUGGCUAAAGUUAAAACUUUACAGAAACACUGUCACGAAGAGGAGCCGAACGUGGAAGACGCGCAGUUGCUCGGUGACAGUUGUUGUAAAGAUAAGGUGGAAGUCCAUCAGCCUUCUAGUUCGUGCUGUAAGGAGGAUACUGAACAAGUAAGAGAGAAUAGCCCUAAAAUAACUUGCUGCAGCGCUAAAGCGACGCCGACUGAUAGUCAGGAGCAGAUUAUUUGAUAGGUUUUUUCAAUGAAAUGGGAGGUUUAAGAUAUUGAUUGGUGAAGAUAUUUCUGGAUAUUUAAAAUGAACUUUGUAAUUUUGGAUUGUGUUUUUGUCAAAAAUUGACUACCAGAGUCGGACCAAACUAUCUUUGCACAGAGUUUGCAGUGAAUGUGUAACUGCCAAAAUAUACGUCCAUUAUGAAAAUAUGUGACCUUUUCAACCAAAAGUGACCACAUUGUCGCUUGUUGAUAAGGUUGAUUUCUAAUUGAAGCUAUAUGGAAAUAGCGCCUUACUGACAAGCGAUAGUAAGUACCCUUUUGGUUGAAAAUGGCACAUAUGAGGUUUGUAAUGGCACCACGCUUUGUCACUUCAAAGUCUGUGUAUGGCGUUCGGUCUAUAUUUUUUUUUUACAUUUUUAAUUUACGACUGAUACAGAUAAUUGAUGGGUUUUUGUUUCGAAGAAGUUGUAAAUAUUUUUUGUAAAAUAUUUAUUUUUUGACGUUUUGUAAAAAAAAACCGUCCGAGAAAGAAAAGUAAAAAAAUGUGUUUAGAGUCGAUUUAGUAUUUUAUUGAAGAAAUUCAGAAUAGGUUACCUAUCUAGGUAGUCAGAAUAGAAUUAUUCUUGCAAACAAUAUAUAGUUGGUCAAGCAAAUCUUGUCAGUAACAAAGGCGGUAUAUUUAAAAAAUAUAGGCGCGAAGGGAUAUCGUCCCAUAGAAAAAUUGAAUUUCGCGCCUUUUUCUACUGACAAGAUUUGCUUGACCAACUAUACGUACUCGUAGAUUGAUUCACGCCAGACCCAGAAGCAGUUGUUUUGAUUUUAAAUAUAUUUAGAACCCUCUGUAACAGUGAAAUCAAGGGCCUGACACUCUUUGAUAGAGAAAGAUAUUCUUAUUGCGAUUCCUAUAAGAGGAAAUAGUGCCAUGCUUUGUCCUUAUCACCGACCGGGGGGCAUCAUAGGUAGGAGGCGAUGGCUAAAUACCGAAAUUUAUAAGUGAAAGAGAAAAAAUCCUACGCUGCCCAAAUUUUAUAUGAAUAUUCUUACUCUUACCCCCGGUCGCUCGGUGGCGCGUCUAUAACUACUUGUUUAUACUAUGUCUAUGAGUGAAAUAGAGAAAUUUAUUUGAUUGGGUCAAAAACGUGCUCACU